CUCCCCGGGCCCGGCGCUCCCCCGCCCGGUGCGGGUCUGUGCCCGGGCCCGGUGCUCGUCGCGGCGCUGCCCGCCGCAGGGACGAUGGGGCAGCCGCGGAGGCCGGCGAACGGCAGCGGCCCGGCGGCGCCAUGACCGGCGAGAAGAAGAAGAAGAAGCGGCUCAACCGCAGCGUGCUGCUGGCCAAGAAGAUCGUCAUCCGCGACGGGGCCGGCCGACAGGGCAUCGGAGAGCCCAGCGUGUACCACGCCGUGGUGGUGAUUUUCCUGGAGUUCUUUGCCUGGGGGCUGCUGACCACUCCAAUGCUAACGGUGUUACACCAGACUUUCCCUCAGCAUACAUUCUUGAUGAACGGCCUGAUACAUGGAGUCAAGGGUCUGCUUUCUUUUCUAAGUGCCCCACUGAUUGGUGCUCUCUCUGAUGUCUGGGGCAGGAAAUCCUUCCUCCUCCUCACUGUCUUCUUCACCUGUGCUCCAAUUCCCCUUAUGAAGAUCAGUCCGUGGUGGUAUUUUGCUGUCAUUUCCAUGUCUGGAGUCUUUGCUGUCACCUUCUCUGUGAUUUUUGCCUACGUUGCUGAUAUCACCCAGGAGCAUGAACGCAGCACGGCGUAUGGCUUGGUGUCAGCCACGUUUGCUGCCAGUCUGGUCACGAGCCCAGCCAUCGGGGCGUACCUCUCCCAGGCCUAUGGUGACACGUUGGUGGUCGUGCUGGCUUCAGGUGUGGCAUUGCUGGAUAUCGCCUUCAUCCUGCUGGCAGUGCCGGAGUCGCUGCCGGAGGAGAUGCGCCCGGUCUCCUGGGGAGCUCCAAUCUCUUGGGAACAAGCAGACCCCUUCGCUUCCUUGCGGAAAGUGGGUCAGGAUUCUACAGUGCUGCUCAUCUGUAUCACUGUCUUUCUCUCCUACCUUCCCGAAGCCGGCCAGUAUUCCAGCUUUUUCCUCUACCUGCGACAGGUCAUUGGGUUUUCCUCAGAGACAGUGGCAGCCUUCAUUGGGGUUGUUGGAAUUCUCUCCAUCCUGGCUCAGACAGUGGUGUUGGGAAUUCUCAUGCGUUCCAUAGGAAAUAAGAACACCAUCCUGUUGGGACUGGGCUUCCAGAUCCUCCAGCUUGCCUGGUACGGCUUCGGAUCGCAGCCUUGGAUGAUGUGGGCUGCAGGAGCCGUGGCUGCCAUGUCCAGCAUCACCUUCCCAGCCAUCAGCGCCAUGGUGUCUCGGAACGCAGACCCUGACCAACAAGGUGUGGUGCAGGGGAUGAUCACUGGGAUUCGGGGUCUGUGUAAUGGCCUGGGGCCGGCGCUCUAUGGCUUCGUCUUCUAUCUCUUCCACGUGGAGCUGAAUGAAAUGGCUGAGGUGGAAACUCUGGGUAAGGCCUCCAAACCCAACAUGGCCAACCCUACGGAUGAGAGCAGCAUCAUCCCAGGGCCUCCCUUCCUGUUUGGGGCUUGUUCUGUCCUGCUGUCGCUCCUGGUGGCCUUGUUCAUUCCAGAACACAACCUUGCACUGAGAUCAGGCAGCCACAAGAAGCACAGUAACGGAGCUCAGUCCCACACCCACAGCCCUCAGGCUGGUGGGUCGGAUGGCAAAGAGCCCCUGCUCGAGGACAGCAGCGUAUGAGGCAGGGAGAGAAGGACCUGGCUCACAUCUGGACCCCAGGCCAAGGAUGGACUCAGCCAGGGAGAGAAAGACAGGGUGAGGGGGGAGAGAAGAAGCGAGGUGAGACUGUGCCACUAACAGCUAAUGGGAAGGGAUGAGGUUUUCCUUUCCAGCCAAAUACACCCUCAGCUGGUGCAGAA